AUGUCCGCCGAACCGGAAAACCCGUCCCCCGCUGAAUUGGCCGCCCGUGAGCGUGAAGAGCAAGACCGCAAAGCCCGCGAAGCCGCCGAGCAGGCGCAGCUGCCGUACAAAUGGACGCAGUCCAUCCGCGACGUGGACCUGACCGCCCCGAUCCCCGCCAACAUCAAGGGCCGCGAUAUGGAGGUGGUGUUGACCAAGAGCAAGAUCCGCGUGGCGAUCAAGGGGCAGGAGGCGAUCAUCGAGGGCGACUUCCCCCACCCGGUCGUCGUUGACGAAUCCUCCUGGACGCUGGAGACCACGCCGACCCCGCCGGGCAAGGAAGUCAAUAUCCAUCUAGACAAGGUGAACAAGAUGGAAUGGUGGCCGCACGUCGUGACGACCGCCCCGAAGAUCGAUGUCAGCAAGAUCACGCCAGAGAACUCGAGCUUGGGCGAUUUGGACGGCGAGACCAGGGCGAUGGUCGAGAAGAUGAUGUAUGAUCAGCGGCAGAAGGAGACGGGCGGGAUGACGAGUGAUGAGCAGAAGAAGAUGGAUCUCCUCAAGAACCAUGAAACAACAGGGCUGAAUUUGACACUGCCUCAGCACCGUCUGCUGAGCCACAGGCUGACGGGCAACUACCAACUGGGAUCAAGCCUACAGAGGUCCCUUAAUUCCGGCUAUAUUCCCAGGUUGUCCAUCCCGCACAGCAGCGCGGUACAUUAUCCACAUCCGGCAUUAUGCAAGGACAGCAAAGCGUAUUCCGAGUCCAGAACUAUAAAGCGCGAAAAGUCCCGACAGAAGACCCCAGCGAACGCAGCUACCACGCUCGUCGACCACAUCGCAAGUCUCGAGCUGGCUGUUCGAAUUGUAAGCAACGGCGAGUCAAGGUAG